AGCUUACACGUUUCCCCUCCGUCCGAUAUUAGUACAAAUUCGCCAUGCGCCUCCUGCUGCUCCUGCACUUGUCGCUGUCCAUCGCGGUCCACCUCCGGGGGACGCUUGAGACCGAGCCGGUGAAGCUGGUGCAUGUGCUGUCCAUGGGCCGGGAGGCCUCCUGUUGGGUCAUGGACUUGUUGAAGAACACGAGCCACGCCUCCAUCUUCGAGCCUUUGGGGGGCCUCGUAGAGGGCUCCCAGAUCCCUCGCCACUCCCAAAGCAGCACGGAUGCGGCACUGCAAUGCCUCUACGACUGCCACAACUGCACCGGCUCGGAGGUGAGGAAGGACAGCCUGGAAGAGCUCCAGCAGUUCUGCCAGGAUGCAGAUGACUCGGAGUCGAGUUUGCCCUAUUUGGUUGUGAAGACCACCCGCAUCGUAGACCAUGCUGCCAUCAGUCGUGCCUUGCCCCAGUCGUAUGUCGACUCUUCGCGGUUCAUUGUGUUGCUGCGUGAUCCGCGGGGGGUUUGGGCCUCCACCAAGCCCUACACCUCAUGGGCCAUCCACCACAUUGACCUCGUUUGCCAGCUGCUCGCGCUACAGGCUCUAUCCUUGCCUGACCUGGCUGCCGUGGCUGGCAACAGAGUGCUGCUUGGAGUCUAUGAGAACUGGACGGAGGACACCGUGUCCUUUGCGCAGGAUGCGGCGCGGCUCUUGGGCGUUGAUGCCGACUCCUUCGCGGACUUCGCCAAAGCGAGCCAGCGCCCCAGUGAGGAGCUGAUGCCCCCAUCCUGGGUAAACACGUUGGAGGCCUCGGAGAUUGAGGAAAUUGAGACGAAUGCCAACUGCCAGAGCUACAUGGCCAGAGUGGGCUACACGACGAAGUCCUGGAAAUCGGCGCUGAAGAGCCCCUCGGAGCUUUUUGGGCCCCUCUCGGAGCCGGAGAAGCUGAGGCUCGCAGAGCUGCGCUCUUUGCAAGCGGCCCUGACACAGACCCUAACCGACCAGGCGACGGAGCUGCCGGAGCCCUGGAAGUUGGAGUUCCAACGUCCGAGCCCCUGACCCGGCUGCAGCUUCGCCGAGUGACCGAGGGCCUCAACAGGGGAUGUGGUUUCAGGUUGUCACCCAUUUCUGUAAGUGGUUCUACUACCUGGU